GUUAAUAAUUGUGGCCUUCAGCUGGUUAUCCACACCUCCUCAAUACCAGAUAAAAGCAAACCAUUUGAAUUCAGAAUCAACAAAGAACAGUCAUCUUUCCACAAUAGGCUUCUGCAGCAUGAUCUGGAAAAGAACUAUUCAGGAAGGCAAGGAGACCAAAGAGUAUUGAGUCCUUUGGUGCGUAAUAAGCAGAUAUAUCUUCCAGUACCAUCCAGUCUGACGGAACUUUCUGGUUUGGAGUUGAAGCAGAACACAGGUUCUUUAUCAGGAUUUGGCGACUCUUCUAUUCACACACCUACAAAGUCCAGGUCCCGACAAAGCAGCCACAAUAUUAGUUCACAUGCUUCAGAUAACACAAGCUUUGGGAGCAGUUCAUUAACAACAUUUCCUGUAUUGCAACGUACUGCUGAAGAAAAGAUACUGAACUCUGACAGACUUACCCUGGAAAGGCAAAAGCUGACAGUGUGCCCAGUUAUUGAUGGGGAAGAUCACCUUCGCCUUUUGAAUUUCCAGCAUAACUUUAUAACCCGGAUCCAAAAUAUUUCGAAUCUGCAGCAUCUUGUUUUCUUAGAUUUAUACGAUAAUCAGAUAGAGGAAAUAAGCGGGCUUUCAACUCUGAGGUCCCUAAGAGUCCUUCUGUUGGGAAAGAACAGAAUAAAGAAGAUCUCAAAUCUGGAGAACCUAAAACAUCUUGAUGUUUUAGAUCUUCAUGGAAAUCAGAUUACUAAAAUUGAAAACAUCAGUCAUUUGAGUGAACUGAGAGUGUUAAACCUUGCCAGAAACCUACUAACAAUUGUAGAAAACCUGAACGGACUGGAUUCACUCGCAGAGCUCAACCUGCGUCAUAACCAAGUCUCUGCUAUAAAAGAUGUGGAUACUUUGCCCUGUCUCCAACGUCUCUUCCUCAGCUUCAACAAUAUAUCUAGUUUUGAGGAUAUUCUGUGCCUUGCUGAUUCCUCAUCUUUGUCAGAUAUCACCCUUGAUGGCAAUCCAAUAGCUCAGGAGACAUGGUACAAACACACUGUUCUCCAUCAUAUGAUGCAGCUCCGACAGCUAGAUAUGAAGAGAAUCACAGAAGAAGAAAGACGUAUGGCAUCUGUUGCAGCAAGAAAAGAGGAAGAAAGGAAGCGUGAAAGCCAUAAACAGACCUUGCUUAAGGAAAAGAAACGGUUAACCAUUUGUAAUAUUGCUCGUCAGUGGGAGAUACAGCAAAAUCGAACAGCUCUUGUGGCUUCUUUAAACCAAGAUAAAGAUAAUGAGCCCUGUCAGAUCAAUGGCAGUGCUGCAUAUGUAUUUCCUGAAGAAAGCAGGUCCCUUGAUACAAUACUGAGCAGUGCAGUACAAGGCUUGUCUGUUCUGGAGUCUCAUUUAGUAGAAGUGGAAGGAGACACCCUUUCCUUGUAUGGUGCUGGAGCGCUGGAGUGCCUGGAUCGAAACUGGAGUGUUCAAACAGCUGGAAUUAUUGCCACAGUCUCCUUUAUGUUCAUAGAAUUUGAUGAAAUUGUUCAAGUGUUAACAAAACUGAAGAUAAAAUUUCCUAAUUCUGUGCACCUGAAGUUUAAGGAGACAAAUCUUGUGACGCUGCAGCAAUUCAAUGCAUUAGCCCAGAUGCAUCGCAUUGAACAGUUGACAGUUGAUCCUCAGGGAAAUCCAGUUGUCAGCUUUACUUUGUGGAAGUACUAUGUUCUGUUUAGACUGAACCAUUUUAAUCUACAGAAGAUAAAUGGAGUAAAGGUUACUGAAAAUGAUAUUGUGAUGGGAGAAAGGCUCUUUGGCAUUCUGGCUUAUGUAGCAUCUUCUGAGCUGCCCCAUUACCGCAUGCUUUCAUUAUUUGGAGAAUCCAGGAGGAAGCAAUUCCAUGAUCUGCUGGAGGGAAAGGGAAAGAAGCCUGGGAUUGGAAGUGAGGAAAGCAGUGACAACAGAAGGAAUGGCGGCGAAAGCACAACUCGAGCAAUGUUGACUUACGCAACAAAGGACUUUCAUAUGGAAAAGCUUGAGGAAAUCAAGGAAAGAAAAACAUUUUGCCAGACAUACGUUGAGAACUUAGUGCAAGAAGCAGCUGACAUCAAUAUGAAGAAUGAGUCGUUGCAGAAGCUCUGGCCUCAAAUGUUCAUUGAGCUUGUCAGAGAUGCAGUGAUAGAAAUACGCAAUAAAAAUUCCUACAUGAAGCUCUGCUUACAGCGGAUCACUGAUCAAAAACAGUAGAGUCAAGGCUUGUUGUCUUGCUAGCUUUUGGUUUCAGUGUUCUGUGAUGUUUUACGAACCUAAAACAAUAGCAUAUAAAAUUGCCAUCACUAUGGCAUAAUUCACUCCCCCUCCUUCCCCCUGCCAAAGGAAUGCCUUUAAAUCUUAAUUAACUCUUGGUAGUUUUGGAGUAAAAGCUACUCACAUUUUGCUUUAACGAUGCUUCCUUGGCUGAAGUGAUGAGAUAGCAUAGAAGUAACUUGGUGAUUGU